AUGGAGGACACUGAGGUGGAUGAGGAGGUACAAAGGAACGACACGGAUCCAAGUGGCCCGAUGUCAUCGCACAUUGAGCAGUCAAUUCAAAAUAUUGGUGACGAGGACGAGCUAGUUUUACUCCGGGCAGAGAAUGCCCUUCUCAAAAAGAAAAUCAAAGCGCUGGAAAGAGGAGGCCGUGGGGAGAAACCUGGCUUGAAACUGGUCGUGGAUGAAAAGGAGAUCCAACAAAUCGACAAUCUACUGAAGAAAGCACAGGAUGCUAAGAUGGAAGCGAUGAACUAUGUAGCUAACACAUCGAGAGAAAAGCUUGGUCAAGAUGUCCGCGUACUGCAAGCAAUUCUAGAGAAAGCAAAAGCAGAGCGCCAUGCAUUCAAGAAAAAAGUCAAGACAAGUGAAGAAAAGCUUCGCGCCGAAAGAGCCAAGAUGGCACAGGAAGAGAUUCGCUUCCAAGUCGACCGAGAAAUAUUCGCCAAAAUUAUCAAGGACGAUCGAGAUGCCUACAACCAGGAAGUAGAUCUUCUUGUUCAAAAGGUGGCAGCAAUUCAAAAAGAAAAAUAUGAACUAUUCGUCUGGGCAAAGGAACAGCAAGAGCGACACUUGCAGGAGAUCCGGAAGCUCACUCGAGCACUUGGAAGGACGAAACGCGUCGUAGACGAGCAGGCGACAAAAAGUAUCGAGGUGCUCAACGGCGUGCGUCAAGUUCACUCCACAGUAUUUCGCACAACUAGCGCCUAA